AGGAGGUGGGCGCUUGUGCGCUCCCGCCGUGCGCUGCGCCAAAAGAGCCGCUCGGAGGCGCAGAGCGGGUCACUUCUCCCUUUCUGCUUGUCCGCUCGCCCUCGACGCCGCGCUCUCGCCGAGGACCCGACCUGCUCUCGCUCGCUCCCCUCGGCGUUUUCCUUUCCAAGAAGUGGCGAGGCGCCCUCGAGGUUCUAGCUGCAGCUUCCUUGGCGAGCCGAUCUGGGGCGCCCUUUCCCCGGGAGGAGCAGCCGCUGACGCCUUUCUCUGCCCACGCCACCUCCCCGAGGCGAUCUGCAGCCAGCCGGACCAGUUCGGCUCCUCCGGGCGCAAUAGUCCUAGCUGGAGAGCGGGGAAAGCGGAGGGAAGGAGCGGCUCCGACGUGGAUUCCUGCCUGGGACGUCCAGCCCCGCCAGAAUUCGCGGCUGCUGCUACCGCCACCUACCCAAGUCCUCCCCGGGCACCUGGUCCGCCGCCUCUGCCGCAUGAGGCUCUCUGGGCUGGUUCCUUGCCGCCGGUGUAGCUCUUCCACGCACGUCUUCCGACGCCAGGGCCCGCAGCCCCUUCCUCUUCCUCCCGCCAGGGUCAUGAACGCCUCACUGGGGAACCAGACGGACGUGGUGGGGCUCUUCCUUGCCAACAGCAGCGACUCUCUGGAGAGGGUGCUGCGCUCCUUCACGCCCCGGUCGGUGGUGACCGACGACGGCUUCGUGGUGACCGCGCCGGACGAGAGGAGCCUGUACAUCAUGCGCGUGGUGCAGAUCGCCGUCAUGUGCGUCCUCUCGCUCACCGUCGUUUUCGGCAUCUUCUUCCUGGGCUGCAACCUGCUCAUCAAGUCCGAAGGCAUGAUCAACUUUCUGGUGAAGGACAGGCGGCCGUCCAAAGAGGUGGAGGCGGUGGUGGUGGGGCCCUACUGACCUCCCCCACCCCCUCCGAAGCCCCGCGAAGCCCGCCUGGCCACGCCAAGACUUCGACGGUGCGGACCAUGUUGGUGCCUUCGUCGGAAACUCCUCUCUCGGCUAUGGUAUGAUAUCUUGAGUUGAGAUGGGGUAGGGUGGGGGGCGAGGAGGAAACGAUCGGCUACCCCACCCUCCUCCUCCUCCCUCUCCCUUUCCCCCUCCGUCAGGGGCACCCAGAGGACCGGGCAAACUUCGCAAGAGGGAGCCGAACUGUGCUGAACUCCGCAGGAAGCGAAGCGCUGGGACUGUUUACAAAGGCAAAGGCGUGACACGCGCUCUCGUUUCUUCACUUCGGCGUCCCGGGCCUCAUCUUGGCUCUGGGAGAGGGGUUGAUAAGAGAGAGAGAAAGAGAUGGGGCGCGGGGGUUGUGAUGAAGCCGUGAAGCCUUCCAAUUUGAUGUCGGUGUCCUGUAAAUAUGCCGUGUCAAUGCACACAGACGAUACAUUCCCAACUUCGCUGCUUUUUGUUUCGUGUGGAGCGGGUGGGGAAUGGGGACAAAUCGCAACUUUGAAUGUAAAAUCGCUCAGCUCUCCUGUGAGACGUUUGCCUUCAGAGGUUGGAGCGGGGAGGGCAGGGACAUCAUCCAUCGGGGUGGGCAGUCAGAUUGUGCUUGUGUGUGUGUGUGUGUGUGUGUGUGUGGAGGGUGCCCUAGAGCCACUUUGCAGCAUGUUGUCUGUAACACACUUCCCAGUGCUGAUGUGUGAAUGGAACAGUUUAUUGCCUCCUCUCCUUUCUACUGUAGCUCCCUAUCCUUCCUUCCUUCCUUCCUUUUCUUUAAAAAAAAUGUAUUCAGUCGGAGUCCACUUUGUAUUUUGUACCUCUCAUUUUUUGAUGCUUGUCUGCUGCUAAAGUCAGCAUGCUUGGUUGCUGCACCUGUGGCUUUAUAAAUUGCAUUGGUUUACACAG